UGAAUCAGGCACUUUCUAUGUUUCAGUAUUACUGCGAAGUCGUCCUACAAGAUGCUGACUUUCAAUGGAAAUACUUGCCAUCCCUCGUUACAGCUGCUUGCACCUUUCUUGCUCUCAACACAUUCAAAUGUACACCAUGGUCGCCAAUGUUAGCUGAAAGUACAGGAUAUCAACUUUCUGAUAUGAUGGAAUGUAUCAACGAUGUGAAUGAAGUCUUCGCGAAGGCACAAAACACAAGCUUGCAGGCAAUCCGAGAUAAAUACAGUGAAUCAAGAUUCUACAAUGUGGCGACAAUCAUGGCACAAAAACCACUGCUGAAUUGACAAAUAGAUGCCUUCACAAUCCUUAGCAUGCAAUGAAAACACAGGCAAAAGAAAUAAUCAAAGGUCGAUGCGAUUUCAACUGUCUAAGUGUGGAAACAUUUUCAUUUAAAAUACUACUUUCCUGGCUUAAGUCAUCUCUAGAACAAAGGUUAUAGUUCCCACCAACGUAAAAUGGACUUUACUCUCAUGCGUCAUCUCAAUUUUUUCACAGCAUGUUUUUGUGGCCUUGCAUGGUCUUUUGAUGAAGCACUUUAACAUAAAUUGAAUAAAAAGUUGCAAACCAGUGCAGGUAUUUAUAAUUUGCCAUGGGUUGUAUGUAUGACCAAGAUUGGAAAGCCUGUGUUUUCUUUUCAUGUAAUACAAUGUUGCCAUUUUUAUCAUGCAGGUCAUGAUUGAAGUAAUUUGUUUGAACAAAUAAUUAUAUAAAUUAUGUUUUGCGUAUAAUUUUAAUUAGCUCUUCAAAUCAGUGUAUUAAUUAUAAUAAUAUGAAUGAAUAACUAAAUGCUAGCUGGUUUUUAAUCCAAUGUAUAUAGACAGAAUAUUUAUAUAUAUAAUUAUGCAUAUGAAUUUGAAAUUUUGUACAUUCGAAAGUUAGAACAUUAUGUUUUGUUGUAAAAUGUAUACAUAUAAUAAUAUAAAUGCAAAUGCAGGUUGUCAAUAAAAUCAGAGUAGUAA